AGCCCGGCUCCACAUAUGACGACGAGUUUUCGUCAAGCGCAUCGCUUGCACCUUCGCGCAACGCAACGAUGACCUAUUCGUGGCCUGUCGUGCUGUUCGUCGUCAAUACAGUCCUGACCAGAGUGGCUGCCGAUGUCUGUCUCUCACGACAUUUCUACGACAUUCAAGGCAAAGAUGUCGAUGACUAUAUUAUCUACGGGUUAACACAGGACUGCCAAAUCUUUUUCAUUCGACCUUCGCAAAUUGCAUUAUUGUCGACGAUUAACGUCAACAUUCACAAUUCCUAUUGUUAUCCGAACCUGGUUCAACUUCACUUGAAGUCGCACAAUUCGUUACUGUUGGUGACGAAACAAGCAGGAAAUCGGAUAUGCACGCUGGAUGUGCAAAUUCCGCCAACGGAGAUGCUAUUUGGCGACCAUUUGUUCAGCUAUUCACUUCUGUCAUCACUACCGUAUGCGUCCUGUUCACAUUCACCACCACAAAUGUUUCGACUCGAACCGGACUUAUCUUUUUUGGAUACGGUAUUCAAUGACGUGAUCUACUUCAUUGACGCUCACUCUACCGGGGCACUGUGGACAGUCCAUCAGUUCCAGAUAAACAAUGAAGGAUUUCUUAAGCAUUUGGAGAAAAUCAGCAUCAAUAAUCAUGCUAAACCUUUAGAAGUUUGGACUGGUCCCGAUUUGGCCAGUGAAUAUGUGGUAGCUUUGGACAAUCAGAGAAACUAUAUUUUUGUUCGGAAUCGUUUCGAACGCAGUAUGCUGUUCGAAUGUGCUUAUGACUUGCUGUUCAGACCUAAUACGCUAGUUACACACCAUCUAAACACAACUCAUGAAGGUCGACCGUGGCUGAAUAGCAUGGGAGCAGAUCUAAAUCUUCUUCUGUAUACAGAAACGGAUAGAUCAGUAGAGCCAUUCGUAACGCGACUUUUUGCUGCAAAUACGGCUCUCAACAGGCCGGGCACAUGUCUAGUCUACACAAACUAUGCGUUUGAUAUCGGGAUAGUUAGACAGUCAACGUUGAAAAAGAUGGAAGCGAAUCCACUGCCUUCAUUUGAAAAAUCCAGGCGCAUGGGCACGUCACGUACCACAUCGAAGCAUAAAAUCAAACCCGCUUCAAAGCUUCGAACAACGACUCCCAUUGUAAAUUUAAGAGCCCAUCUAACAUACCAAGUUACCCGACCUUCUACGCCAUUAGCUCGCCACAGACUGACCACAACGACUCCUAAAAUAACAACGAUUUAUUUGAGUUCCACAGAAAAAAUUAUCACUUCAACUGAAUUUCGCCAAGAUCUCGAAGACGAGGAGUAUGAGGAUGAGGGAGAGGAACUUGUGGAAUCCACCACGACUCGACUGCGUCCAGCCAGCACCUCCACAAGGUAUUCGAAGGAAGAACGAGAUCAGAAUCGCAUAAUGCCUCCACAGCUAGAAAAAUCGAAAAUUCUUGAGCGGGAUAAUGAAAAGGUAGGUUUGAUGACGACACCAGGGGAAGAUGCUCUAUUCCAGUCGGAUAAUGCAUCGCUAGCAAGUAAUAUGACAAAUAGUGAUCUGCUGACAAACACUGUGUACAGAUGGAGAAUACUUUCACUAUUGUAUUGUUUGUUUUUGUUUGUGCUAGAGUAAAGAUUCAUAUAACA